AUGGGUUGUUUCUAACCAAAAGGAAUAAAUAAAAUUGUCGCUAUGCAAACAACAAACAGAGAUUACAUCUUUACAUCAACUGCUGACAUUCAUAAAAUAUUUUCCUUCGGAAGAGUACUAGGAAUAGGUGCCUUCGGUAAAGUUCUGACAGCUAGGAGGCGAAAUAACGCUGAAAAAUUAUACGCUAUAAAAAUGAUUGACAAGAGAAAAGUGAAAGGAAGGGAAACCAUGUUGGCAAAUGAAAUAUAUGUCCUUCAGAGGCUGGAUCAUCCAAAUAUCAUAAAAUUCCAUGAAGUAUAUCAGAGCGAACUGUACUUCUACAUCUGUAUGGACAAAUGUGCUGGAGCAGAACUUAUGGAGAGCGUGCCCAAAAAUUAAAAAUCAUAUACUGAGGGUUAGGCUAGAGAUAUAAUGGUUAAAAUCAUAUCAGCAGUUGCAUACAUUCAUGAAUAAGGAAUAAUACAUCGAGACAUCAAACCAGAAAAUAUUAUGUUUACCGAUCGUGACAUCAGAUCUGAGCCCAAACUCAUUGACUUUGGACUUUCAGUGAAAUACGAUGCCUUCAGCUAUAAUAAACUGAAAGCUGGAGUUGGCACGCCUGUCUAUUUGGCACCGGAAGUCAUCGAAGGCACAUACAACGAAAAAUGCGAUGUGUGGAGUCUUGGAGUUUUACUAUUUAAUAUGCUCGUGGGUUAUCCCCCUUUCUAUGGUAGAAAUCGACAGGAACUUUAUGAAAACAUUCAAUAUCAAAAUUUAAUAUUUGACAGGAGACAUUGGAAAAACAUUAGUGACGAAGCUAAGGAUCUCUUGAAGAGGAUGCUUAACAAAAGCUAGCACUUAAGAUAUUCUGCCAAAGAAUGUCUUAAGCAUCCAUGGUUUCAACUCUUAUUUAAGGAUGGAGUUUACAGACCUCCCAGAAGAAGUACUGGAUUUUCAGGAACUCCCUCUGAGGAUGAUCAAAGAACAUUAUAUCAAAUGCUUAAAACUUAUCGUAUCGGUGCCAAAUUCAAGAAAGAAGUCAUGAAAGUCUUAGUAAAUCAAAUGAACGAGAAGGAUUUAGCGAGGUUGCAACAAAUAUUCAAGAAUAUUGACGUUGAUAAUUCUGGCACAAUAACAGUCCAAGAGUUGCACCAGGCACUUCAACAAGAAGGUUCCCUAGCCACUGUAGAAGAAAUUGAAUAAAUUAUGGAGAACAUUGGAUAUGACAUUGAUGAAUUAGACGAUGUGACAGUAACUUUAUCCCAUAAAUCUACAUCCUCAAAACCUUUAGUAAUUAAAUACAGCGAUUUCUUAACUGCCUGUAUUGAUGAAAGAAGAGUUUUCACAAGGGAAAAAUUGUGGUCAAUUUUCAAGUAUUUCGACACUUAGAAUGAGAAUCAUUUAUCAAGAGAGGCCAUUAGAGAAUCAUUUGCGAGGCAUGGACGUUCACUUUCACUCGACAAAAUCAACUAAAUGAUAUCUGAAAUUGAUCCUAAUAAUGAGAAUAAAAUUGGAUUCGACGCUUUUUGUUAGAUGAUGGGAGUUGCUGGAAUCUAAGAAACUCUAGAAUUUAAAGAUGAAUCUAAGGAUCCUUAAUCUAAUGCUCCUUCUGUAAUUGUAUGA